AUUAUGGCUGGACUAUCAAACACACACUUGAUAGAAAUUCCAGAAAUCGUCCUGCUUUUUGAGAAACAGCAGGCAUAUGAACUGAGGGGAGUAAAAUCCAUCUUGAAGAAUCCAAAGCUGAUUCUUCAAAAGUGUUCUGGAAAUCUCGGUGUAACUGGCACUAAAACCGAUUUUCAACGCCUCGGUCCUUUCCAGCAACCGGAACAUAACGAGUACGGGACGGACCCCAGCCAGCCCGGAAGGUUUCUCGUACCGUGACAGGGGGGCCUGGGCUGGUAUUUGCGCAAAUUGCCUUCCCCUCUCUCUGUACUCCACUUGUACUAAAUACUGCACUUUCUCCUUCACCUAUGUGGGGUUUCUGGCGUUUUAAAUGUACUAAUCUACUUGAACCCCUGACAACGUCCGGCCGACAGGAACGCGCGCGACACCCGGUUUGCGUGGCCCAGAAGGCGCAGGGACACGGGGCCGGAGGCGGGGAUAGACGGCACUGAGCGAUGCUACUGGCCGCCAACUAACUUCCGGGGGCGGGUCAGGCACCUCUAAGGUGAGUCUUGCCUCCAACCGGAAGUGUUUUCGGCUCGGGCUCCGCCUUCGCGCCUGCCCCUGGUCUUUGCCCUGGUGGGGGCGGGACUUCCUGUCUCAUGUAGCCCAGGGCUUCCAAAGUGAGGCCGCGGCCCGAGGCGAGGUUUUGGCUCUGUGGCAGCGGGUCUGGCCGCAGAUUAGCUGGGGCCUGGCGUACGGGUACUUACCCAGUUAGUCUUGCAGUUAUCUUCACUGUCCUCCCACGAGCCCCUGGGAGGCCCUGGGGUCCUGAGCGCCCAAGUGUGUGCAUGCCUGCAGGUUCGGAGAGGGCCAUGGAGGUGCGGCCGCCGGCGCCACGGUGCCUCUUUUGUAGGGCGUUGGGUCCUUUCCCUCGGGUCUUUGCUGCGGGAGCUGUGGCCGCCGAUUCGGAGGCCCUUGCGGAGGACCGGAAGCUGCCUUCCUACGUCCCAGAACCCCAUUACCCGGAAUCCGGAUGGGACCGCCUCCGGGAGCUGUUUGUCAAAGAUGAACAUGAGAGACCUUCAAAGGAACUUGAGAAUAUUUAUCGAGCGGCACUUUCAGCAGGCAUCAUUGGCUGGGCAUAUGGAGGAGUACCAGCUUUUAUUCAUGCUAAACAGCGCUACAUUGAGCAGAGCCAAGCAGAAAUUUAUCAUAACCAGUUUGAUGCUGUGCAAUCUGCACAUCGUGCUGCCGUGCGAGGCUUCAUCCGGUAUGGCUGGCGCUGGAGUUGGAGAACCACAGUGUUUGUGACUAUAUUCAACACGGUGAACACUGGUCUAAAUGUGUACCGGGAUAAAAAUGCCCUGAGCCAUUUUGUCGUUGCAGGAGCUGUCACAGGAAGUCUUUUUAGAAUAAACUUAGGCCUGCGUGGCCUGGUGGCUGGUGGCAUAAUUGGAGCCUUGCUAGGCACUCCUGUAGGAAGUCUGAUGAUGGCACUGCAGAAGUACUAUGGUGAGACCGUUCAGGAGAGAAAACAGAAGGAUCGGAAAGCACUCCAUGAGCUGAAAGUGGAAGAGUGGAAAGCCAGACUACAAUUUACUGAGCUCCUCCCUGAAGAAAUUGAAAGCAGCUUACAGAAAAAUCAAUCGAAGGAUGAUGCUGAGAAAAUUGAAGCACUGCUAAAUCUUCCUAGAAACCCUCCAUCAACAGAUAAACAAGACAAGGACUGAAAACCUCCUUGACUUGAAACUCCUUGGAGAGUUGAAGGGAGCUGUGUUGCCAUGUUCAUUGAAUGCCAGUGGUCAGACUCCUCUUUGGUCAGCCUGCUGACAGAUGUAAGGGCUGGCACCUGUGCUGGCAGGGACUUGCUCUUAUCUUUUUUUUUUUUUUUUAACCAAGAAUUGGGCUGUUGUACUCUAACUUUACUAAUCCUUAAAUUGAAAUACAUACUUACAUCUAUAUUGAUUGGUUUAUAUAUUUGACGUUAUAUCUAUAUUGAUUGAUCAAUAUAUAUUUGUUUUCCCUGGAUUUUACAACAGGAAAUUAAGAAUUUCCCAAAAGAUUAAAGUUGAAUUCUACAGGUUCUUUCUUUUUCUUGUAGCCCUUUAACAGGGUACUCUAGGAGCCCGUAGGAGGGGAGGAAAGAACCAGGUAAGGGAAAUAGUCUGUGAAACUCUUGUGCCCUGGGGUCCUAGAAACAGCAUGGGCCUCAGUGUGUAAUAGUGUUUGGUUUUGUUUUAAUAAAAAUCAAAGAUGAUUCCCACGCCAUCUGAAGUAAAAUAUAAAUGUAACAAAAAGGAAGUAGAUAAGCAAGAUUACAGAAGCAGCCCAGCUUUGUUUCCUGUCUCAGUAUUGCUGACAAAGCAUCUCCGCUGUAGUAUGAAGAGUUACUUAGAAUAGAUACACAGUUUCUACACUGCAGGAGUUUACUGCCUAAGAAGGAAGCUGUGCUGAAGAUUGUGAUGGGGGCGGGGGGGCGGGGGGACGGACACGACAUGGGACGACGACGAUGACUGCUAGUGAUUUGUUUUUGUAUUAGACCUCUUAGCUCCUACUGUAAAAUACUGUUGUCCACAGGAGCAAGGUUUGUGAAGCCAUGUAGUGUAGUGGCUAAAACCAUGGGCUCUGGAGGCAGACCUCUGGCUUAAAAUCCUGGCCAUGUGGCUUUGCAGCCACAUGACCCACAGCAAAGCCACUUUACUUUAAGACUCAGUUUUCUCAUCUGUCAAAUGAAAUAGUAUCUACCUCAGAAUGGGCAUUUAAUGAAACGAUGCACGUAAAGCGCAGCACAAUGCCCUGGCACACAGGCGUUAGAUAACAACAAAUAUUACUUACAAGGAUAUAAGACCUCUGCACCAAUAUAUUUUCGCCA